UCCUCCCUGUGUCUCUCUGCGAGAGUGUAGUCUCAGUCCUGCGGUUGUUCUCUGAGUAGCGGGACAGAGGUGAAUUAUUCCAGCUCGCAUCCGUGCAACUGCGAAAGAAAUAAAAUGAAUAUUUCAAACAGCCGUGGACUAAACCGCGCUAAACUACAAUCGAGCCAUCUGUCCUAACUACAAGCGCUAGAAGUGUUUUAGAGCUUUUUUUCUUACGUUUUGAGGAGUUACGAGUGAGAUUUGGAAUAACUUUAUUGGAUUUCACUGUCACUUCUGCAAAAACAUAACCUUUCAGGAUGGAUGACGGACAAUGCUACUACAAUGAAACCAUAGCCUUUUUUUACAAUCGUAGUCAAAAGUAUCUGGCCACAGAAUGGAAUGCCGUAAGCAAGCUAGUGAUGGGACUUGGGAUUACAGUAUGUAUUUUUAUUAUGCUAGCUAACUUGCUUGUGAUGGUGGCAAUCUACAUCAACCGCCGAUUUCACUUUCCAAUCUAUUAUCUAAUGGCUAACCUUGCAGCCGCUGACUUCUUUGCAGGACUUGCCUAUUUCUAUUUGAUGUUUAACACGGGACCCAAUACGAGGAGGCUAACGGUCAGCACGUGGUUGCUUCGUCAAGGCCUCAUCGAUACGAGCCUUACAGCCUCAGUUGCAAACUUGUUAGCUAUAGCCAUUGAGCGCCACAUAACCGUGUUUCGCAUGCAGCUCCAUACCCGCAUGAGCAAUCGACGAGUAGUUGUAGUUAUCGUCAUCAUCUGGACCAUGUCUAUCGUCAUGGGAGCCAUUCCUAGCGUGGGCUGGAACUGCAUCUGUGCCAUAGAUACUUGCUCCAACAUGGCUCCCCUCUACAGCAACUCCUACUUGGGCUUCUGGGUAAUCUUCAACCUGGUUACCUUCGUGGUGAUGGUCGUUCUGUAUGCCCACAUAUUUAUGUACGUUCGUCAGCGAACCAUGAGGAUGUCUCGGCACAGCUCGGGCCAACGGCGAAACCGGGACACUAUGAUGAGCUUGCUGAAAACGGUCGUGAUUGUACUGGGUGCUUUCAUUGUGUGCUGGACGCCUGGUUUGGUGAUUCUCCUGCUGGACGUGGUCUGCUCCAACUGCAAUGUCCUGACCUAUGAGAAAUUCUUCCUUCUUUUAGCAGAAUUCAACUCUGCCAUGAACCCUAUCAUAUACUCCUACCGGGACAAGGAGAUGAGCGUCACGUUCAAACAGAUCCUGUGCUGUCAGCGGCAGGAGAAUGUGAACGGUACAGCAGAGGGAUCGGACCGGUCUGCGUCCUCCAUCAACCACACGGUCCUGAGCAGUGCGCACCAUAAUGACCAUUCAGUGGUCUGAGGUUCAACACAGACCGGGAUCUGAGAAGAGACUGUGAAAAAUGCCUUUUUAUGAGCAAAAGACUUGUGGUUAUAAAGUUGCCUGUGCUUUUUCUGUCCUUAUAAAGUUUUGACAUGAUAUUGAACUAUUUAAAAGUGGAUUAAAUAGCCAGUUUAACACAAGUUGUAUUUGUUCCCGAAAUGCCUUAUGGAAAAGUUGGAGGAGUCUUUUGGCUAGAUGUCAUUUUUUUGUCAGAUUGUUGUAAAUCGAGAAUCAUUUUUUGUGCGUGUUGUACAGCGGGUGUUGAACUGAAGGACGUAAUGAAGUGUCCAGUGAAUCUGUCUGUCAGUUUGCACUAGAAAGAAAAGCGUGCAUGUAAGGGACCACUGGGACAUCAUUUUGGUGAACUAUGCAAAGAACUUGAUUGUUUGCUUUGUUUUUGUUUUGUUUUGCAUUGCACGUUCGUCCCUAUGUAUAUAUAUAUAUUUUUAUGCUCACCAAGGCAGCAUUAAUAAUAAUACAAAAUUUAAAAAAUCAGCCAAAUCAAUAAUGCUAUGUUGGACAUUUUGUGAAACUGUGAUGCACCACCACACAAAAAGUAAGAUUAAUAAAAUCAAAGACAAAGAAAUAAAGGUUCUAUACUUUAUUCAGCAAAGAUGCUGACUUUUAUAAUGAUACGACAGAAUUCUGUUUCAAAUAAAUCUUGAUGAUGCUGAAAAUUCAGAUUUACAUAACAGGAAUAAAUUAUUUUAAUUCACAAUAUAUUAAAAUAGAAAACUAGUAUUUUAGAUUCUACUAAUAUUUCAUAUAUUACAGUUUAUACUGUAUUUUUGGUUCUAUAAAUGCAGCAUUGGUGAGCAUGAUCUGUGAAAAGCGAUCUAGUUUCUACAUAGAAACAAAGAUUAUUAAAGUAUGUUUUACAAAAUAUAUUGCAAAGCAGUUGUUUCAAAGCAAAGUUGUUGGGCUCCAAACAGGCUUAGAAUGUAGAUGAAUGCAUGGAUUGGAAUUUCUCAUGACAAGGACCAUGACAUAUUGAUGUAAAGCUGGGUAAACUUAUGCCUCAGUGACUUGAAAUUUACUUUGAAUUUACUCAACAACUUUAAUUUUCUUUUUGACACACACACACACACACAUACAAAAAAAGAAAAAGGAUUAUAUGAUUUCCUAUAUUUUUCAACAGGGAUCAACACCCAUGCCUUAUAUAUAAUAUUAAUUAUAUUCAGAUUCAUUUUCAACAUGAUGGAAAUUAAAUGAUCAAAAAGUCUUUACUUAAUUUACCGUAUGUACGUAUGUAUAUAAUAUGUGUAUAUAUUCAUAUGUUAAUCAAAGGGAAUGUCUAUUGUUUAAAGUUAAUCGUUUAAACCAAACUAUAGCUGUUUUUAUUUUUAAACUCCUUCUUUAAAAUCUAAUUCAGUCAUGCUAAAUAACAUUGUUGGCCAAACAUGGAAGGACAAGUGUUUUAAUAUACAAAGUUAGCACUGCAUACAGAAGCCUGAAAAAUUAGUUGGACAUUUAAGUUACAUUACAGAUGCACUAAAAUCAUGUUAACACAUUUGUUUAAAUUCUCAGAAAAAUGAACAAAUUCAUAUAUAAUGACUUUUAGGUGCUCAAAAACUUGCCGGGCCACUGUAGGACAGUUCAACUUGACUGUAAUGUUCAUGUACUAUUAUCCUAACAUCUGUGAAAUUGACUGUUUUAUACUGCAUGUUGUUCAUAAGAGGGAAAGCUUCUCAGGAAAUAACCUCUAGUUUAAAACAGUAUUUUGUACCCUAUGGCAUUUUGACAGUAUUGCUUUAAAGUUUAAUCAUGUUUGAAAUGGCGUUGUGUGUAAAGAGAAUGAAUCCACUUUAAUAUGACUAAACUCUGAGAUGCUAUAUUUGUAAAACAUAUCAGUAUUAUCAAUAGUCAAUACUAACAUUCUCUUAAGUUUCACAGUGACCGUAUGCAUUGAUUCACUGUGGAUGUUUGAGUUUCUGUUCAUGGUGUCUUAACAGGAAAACAACCUAUAAAACCUCUUGUUUUUCUAAUGAACCGAGCAGCAAAUGUCCCAGCCCUGUUGCAAGUCUUGCUCUGUUGCGAAAGCGAGUUUGAAGCACUCCAGUGCUCCAAAUAAUGUCCAUCUAAAAGACAGCUGUGCUCGACAGGUCAUGGGCCAUAGGUUCAUUCUAGGUUGAAAAACAGCAGUGUGUUUCAGAAAAGAUACUUGUUCCCUUAUGAAGUCUGAACUCUGAAAUCCUGCAUGGUAACAUUCACUUAACAGUGUCAUACAAUUAUUGAACCUUCUUGAAAUAAAUCUGUAUAUGAGUCAAA